AUGGCCGCGCCCGGAGGAGGCCUGGACCAGGACCGGGGCCGGGGCCGUGGACAGGACGCUGCCAUUAAGCUCUUCGGCCGCAGCAUCCCGGUCCUCCACUCCUCCGUCGUCGCCGCCACCGCAUCCAAGGUUAGCACCAAGUUAGCAAAUGAUGUAAGAAGCAAUGAUGGCAUGCCAUGCCUUCCCAACAUGUCUUUCAUUGUCAAAGCAAGUCCCUUCUCUUCCAAGAACAAUAUGAAGAAUGGUUUAGAAGCUAUCAGCAUUCAGGAUGGGAAAAUGGAAUCUGAUUCCAAGUCUGAGGAAGUUAAGAAUAGUUUACAAGCUAUCAUCAGUCAGCCUGGGAAAACAGACGAUUCCAAGUCUGAGGAAGCUAAGACUGAAUCUGGUGGAUCUGGCCAAGGGAAGGUACUCAAGAAGCCAGAUAAGAUUCUGCCUUGCCCUCGCUGCCACAGUAUGGAAACAAAGUUCUGCUACUUCAACAAUUACAAUGUGAACCAGCCCAGGCAUUUCUGCCGAAACUGCAAGAGGUACUGGACUGCCGGGGGAAAUAUGAGGAAUGUCCCUGUAGGUUCUGGUAGACGCAGAAAUAAGGAUCCAUCUCAUCACCAUCAUGUCACCAAGCCGUGUGAUCAUAUCAUAACUGCUAAUGGAGAUGUUUCUGAUGCAACUCAGCACCAGUCUCUUGCAGUCAAGCCAUCUGUACUUCAAGCUUCAGGAAAACAAAAUGAAACAGCAUGCAAGUCUGUCUCUCCAGUCUUUAAUAUUAAAGAGCAGAAUAAUGCCGACCUUAUUUCCUUAGUCUCUGGUGACAAUAAGGAAGAGAAAUCAUGUGCAUCCUCUGCAGUGGUAUCUGGUUCCUCCGAAAACUGGAUGCCAGAAAAUACAGUUAAAAAGGAGGAUAAUACUUCAGCUUACGGUAAUGGUGUGAAAGAACCUGAUCCCAACACGGAAUCUCACCAUGCUGGACCCGUUUCGGUGUUCUCCAGAAAUCCUGCUGCAGUCAUGGUGACUAAUCAGUGCUCAGCAGAUGGUAUUCUUGGGUCGGGAAAUAGGACGGUCAGUCCUCUUUCACUGCCACCACCACCCAUGAUGGUACCAACCCCAGGAAUUUGUGCACCUGCUGUUCCAUUCCCUCUAGUGCCAGCCUUCGUGAGCUGCAUUCCUGGCUGGCCAAGUGCAGUAUGGGGUGCACCAUGGCCAGGAAGUAGUGGCCCUACAUUACUAUCUCUUCCUCCAAACAGUUUAGCUUUUUCAGGAAGCAACUCUAGGGUGUUAGGAAAGCAUACAAGGGUAGCUAAUAUGCAGGAAGAACAGAAGGCAGAAAAAAAGUUUUGGGUCCCUAAAGCUCUCCGAAUUGACAACCCAGAAGAGGCAGCAAAGAGUUCAAUCUGGGCCUCUCUUGGUAUCAAGCCUGAUGAGAGAAUCAUAUUCAAGUCUUUCCAGUCCAAGGAUCUGAAAAAUAGUGAGACUAAGAUGCCAGAAUCCCUGCAGGCCAAUCCAGCAGCGUUUUCCCGCUCUCAGACAUUUCAGGAGAGGACCUGA